GGCAUCCUCCCCGGCUCGCUUUCCUACAAGAUGUUGGGAUUUUUGCAGCGCCCUGUGGUGGUGACAGCUGACAUCAACUUGAAUGUCGUGGCUCUGACCGCGGUGGGGUUGCUGAGCCGACUAUGGCAGCUUGCCUAUCCAAGGGCCGUGGUGUAAGCCAGGCAACUCCAUUUUGGGUGCAUCGGAAGGAACUGUAAUUUGUUCAGUGCAUUGGUGACAGGAAGUGCCUUUUUGAACAGCGUAAAUGGGAGAGUAAAAUUCCGGGCUUCCUGGUGAUGGGUGUCUUUGGCAGUUAGAGGAGAGACCAGCUUGUCCCCAGGACAGCCCCUGCAGAGGCCACCUGUUUGGUCUUGCCCCGUAGGUCAGUAGUAGGUGCAGUAGCCUUGGGUGACCUUUGACAGUCUGGAGAGUGGAGGGCUGAAGAUUGAGGAAUUUGGAAUUUUGAUGAAGUAUAUUAUGGGCAGUACAUCUCUUUUUACAUGAAGCGGAUCUUCUUUUUCGAUGGCAGUGGACCACCGUUUGGCCACAUGCUGCUGGCCUUGGGAGGUUAUUUAGGAGGAUUUGAUGGUAACUUUUUGUGGAACAGAAUUGGAGCAGAAUACAGCACCAACGUGCCCGUGUGGUCCCUGCGCCUGCUGCCGGCCCUCGCAGGGGCCCUGUCGGUGCCCAUGGCCUACCAGAUCGUGUGGGAGCUCGGCUUCUCUCACUGUGCUGCCGUGGGGGCCGCUCUUCUGAUUCUGAUCGAGAACGCUCUGAUCACUCAGUCGAGGCUGAUGCUUUUGGAAUCAGCGUUGAUAUUUUUCAACCUGUUGGCCGUGCUGUCUUACCUGAAGUUCUCCAACUCCCAGAAACACGGGCCCUUCUCUCCGAGCUGGUGGUUUUGGUUGGUACUGACGGGUGUGGCCUGCGCCUGUGCAGUCGGCAUCAAAUAUGUGGGUGUGUUCACAUACUUACUGGUGCUUGGGGUUGCCGCUGUCCACGCCUGGCACCUGAUAGGAGACCAGACGCUGUCAAACGUCCGUGUGCUCUGUCACCUGCUCGCCCGAGCGGUGGCCCUGUUGGUCAUCCCCGUCCUCGUGUACCUGCUGUUCUUCUAUGUCCACCUGCUGCUGCUCUGCCGCUCCGGGCCCCACGACCAAAUCAUGUCCAGUGCUUUCCAGGCCAGCUUGGAGGGGGGACUGGCGCGGAUCACGCAAGGCCAGCCCCUGGAGGUGGCCUACGGUUCCCAGGUCACUCUGAAGAACGCCUUUGGCCAACCCGUGCCCUGCUGGCUUCAUUCCCACCAGAGCACCUACCCCGUGAUAUACGAGAAUGGCCGCGGCAGCUCCCACCAGCAGCAGGUGACCUGCUACCCCUUCAAGGAUGUCAACAACUGGUGGAUUGUAAAGGACCCCGGGAGGCACCAGCUGGUGGUGAACAACCCCCCGAGGCCCGUGCGGCACGGCGACAUCGUGCAGCUGGUGCACGGGAUGACCACCCGCCUCCUCAACACGCACGACGUCGCGGCCCCCCUGAGCCCUCACUCCCAGGAGGUGUCCUGCUACAUCGACUACAAUGUCUCCAUGCCCGCCCAGAACCUCUGGAGGCUGGACAUCGUGAACAGAGAGUCGGACACGGACGUCUGGAAGACCAUCUUGUCAGAGGUCCGGUUUGUGCACGUGAACACCUCAGCCAUCCUCAAGCUGAGCGGGGCGCCCCUCCCGGACUGGGGCUUUCGGCAGCUGGAGGUGGUCGGGGAGCAGCUGUCCCGGGGCUACCACGGGAGCACCGUGUGGAGCGUGGAGGAACAUCGCUACGGCAGGAGCCAGGAGCAGAAGGAGAGGGAACUGGAGCUCCACUCCCCUACGCAGACGGACGUCAGCAGAAACCUCAGCUUCAUGGCCAGAUUCUCGGAGCUGCAGUGGCGGUUGCUGACAGUGAGAAGCGACGAUUCCGAACACAAAUACAGCUCCACGCCGCUGGACUGGGUCAUGCUAGACACCAGCAUCGCCUACUGGCUGCACCCCAGGACCAGUGCACAGAUCCACCUGCUCGGAAACAUCGUGAUCUGGGCCUCGGCCAGCCUCGCCACCCUGGUGUAUGCCCUGCUCUUCAUCUGGUACCUGUUCAGACGCCGAAGAAGAGUCUGCGACCUCCCUGAGGAUUGCUGGCUGCGCUGGGCGCUGGCCGGUGCUCUGUGCGCCGGGGGCUGGGCCGUGAACUACGUGCCCUUCUUCAUGAUGGAGAAGACGCUGUUCCUCUACCACUACCUUCCCGCACUCACCUUCCAGAUCCUGCUGCUUCCUGUGGUCUUGGAGCACAUCAGCGACCACCUGUGCAGGUAUGGGGCCUUGGCAGCCACGCCCCCCUGGGGGUACGGGUCCAGGGGCGUCUUGAAUGGCGAUUCCAGUGUGAUGCAGAUGGGGUUAGGAUCACAAGCAAGGCUCUGCAGGGGUUCAGAGGAUGAAGCUAACGAAGGCUGCCGGGAGAGGAAGGUGGCUGAUGUGCACGGGAGAUGGGGAAGGCCCUUUGGGCCCGGAGAGCGCCAGGAGCAAAGAGAAGGAGAGGGAAACAUGGGGCGUGACCCGGAGCAGCCGGUGGUUCGUGGCCGGACUGCGUGGUGCAUGGCAGAGAUAAACCAGGAAGCUUUGUAAACCGGAGCGAGUUCGGGAGGCCAGGGCAGAGGGGGAGCCCUCCCUCUUUGGUCCCCAGGAGCCUUGUAGUACGUCAGGAGGGCUGCACUGUGCUCACGGGGGGUUCGGGGGCAAUACCCCGGCAUCCAACCUUAGAUGGAGCAGAAGCUGUGGAAUUCUGGAAGCAGAGCGAGUGAGGAGGGUGGGGCUUAGCACAUCGGGCAGGACGUGGUGAGGGCUGAUGGUCAGGCAGGGGGUGGCCGGAGGAAGGAAAGGCCGGGGUAGGUGACCACAUGGGCGACGGAUGCCCAGAGGACAUCGUGGUGGGGAGGGGCCGGCCUCCCCACGCCCGUGCUCUGCCCUGGGCCGGCAGGUCCCAGCUCCAGAGGAGCCUCUUCGGCGCGCUGGUCGUGGCAUGGUUUGCCUCUGCCUGUCAUGUGUCCAACACGCUGCGCCCGCUAACCUACGGGGACAGGUCACUCUCACCCAGCGAACUCAAGGCCCUUCGCUGGAAAGACAGCUGGGAUAUCCUGAUCCGGAAAUACUAGUAGGAUGCGG